AUGUACGCUCAAAAUCAGUCAUUAAACUCGCCGAUACAGAGCCUAUCGGCCGCCGGAAAUAAAAGAUUGGUCGAGAACUUGGCUAAUGGUUAUGAUGUUCAGUCUCUUCAAGACGGCGGUGUAGGCGGCUUGGCCACCGUCGAAGUCCCAACCGACGGAAGCAUCGGCGGUGAACGCCCCAACGUGAAUGUUCCAUGUGCCGCCGACGGUAAUGAUCAGGUUGCUCUCUCGUUCCGCGGCCGGGUGUUUGUGUUCGAUGGUGUUACCGCUGAUAAGGUCCAAGCGGUGCUUUUACUUUUGGGUGGAUGUGAAUUGGAUCCUGGCAUUUUAGGUGUCGAUACUGCAGAUCAAAGACGGGGGGCUUCGAUGGGUACCCCAUGGUGCAGCGAUCCAAAGAGGGCAGAGUCUUUGAAUAGGUUUCGUCAAAAGAGGAAAAAGAGGUGCUUUGAGAAGAAAAUUAGAUAUAAUGUCCGGCAAGAAGUUGCAUUCAGGAUGCAGCGCAGGAAGGGUCAAUUUACUUCAAGACAUUCUGAGGAAUCUAUUAGUAUGGAUGCCACACAGGAAUCUGGAAAGGAGGAAAAAGAACAAGAUACUCUGUGCACUCACUGUGGCACCAGUUCAAAGACUACUCCAAUGAUGCGGCGAGGGCCGGCUGGUCCGAGAACCCUUUGCAAUGCAUGUGGGCUGUUUUGGGUAAACAAGGGGACCAUGCGUGAUAUUUCCAAGACAUUCCGACACAAUUCUAUGAUCCCAACUGAAGAGGACGAAGAUGAUAGUGAGUCUGAUUACGGAAUCCCCAUUUUUCAAUGUGCUAAUAAUGCUUGA